AUGUACGGAGAGAAGAAGAUACAGCUCAAGAGGGUGUUCGGCUACUCCUGGGGCACGAGCUUCGUGAUGGUCAAGAUAAUCGGCGCGGGCAUCUUCGUGGCGCCCGCCGGCGUGCUCAAGUACUGCCGCAUGAACGUGGGGCUGUCCCUGUGCGUCUGGGCCGCCUGCUCCCUGCUGGCCCUGAUGGACGCGCUCUGCUCGGCUGAGAUAGGCGUCACCUUCCCGUGCAGCGGUGCCCACUACUAUUUCCUCCUGCGGUGCUUCGGCAGCUGCGUCUCCUUCCUGAACCUCUGGACGGGCUUGUUCCUGGGGGCCGCCGUGAUAGCCAGCCAGGCCCUGCUCCUGGCCCAGUACAGCGUCCAGCCCUUUUACCCCAGCUGCCCCGUGCCCGGGCUGCCCAUGCGCUGCCUGGCGCUGGCCUUCCUGUGGGUGGUGGGCAUUCUGAGUUCUCGGGGUGUGAGGGAGGUAGCCUGGCUCCAGAUGGCCAGCACCGCGCUGAAGAUGGCCAUCCUCGGCCUCAUCUCCGUGAGCGGGGUGGUGUUGCUGGCGAGAGGGAGGGAGGAGAACAUGGCCAGCUUUCGGAACGCUUUCCAGGCCGAGUACCCCGACGCCUCCCAGUUGAUUCAAGCCGUCUUCCAAGGGUACUUCGCGUAUUCGGGCGGGGGAUGCCUUACGUAUAUAGCAGGGGAGCUGGAGAACCCCAGAAGGACAAUCCCAAAAUGCAUACUCACCGCCUUACCGCUGGUGACGGUCCUUUACUUACUGGUUAACGUGUCUUACCUGGCUGUUCUGACCCCCAGGGAAAUUCUCUCUUCAGGCCCCGUGGCUGUCGCGUGGACGCACAGAGUCCUCCCCGCGCUGGCGUGGGUCAUCCCGUUCGGCGUCUCCGCCUCGCUGUUCAGCAGCCUGCUGAUGAACGUGUUUCAGUCGUCGAGAGUGGCUUACACCGCGGGCCGAGAGGGCCAGCUGCCCGCGUUAUUCACUAUGCUCAAUCGCCACUCCUCCCCGUUCCCGUCUGUGCUGUUGCUGGUCACUAUGGCGUCCAUCGCGGUGGUGUCGAUGAACCUGAUCGACCUGAUAAAUUAUCUUAAUUUUGCCGUUUCGAUUUGGACUGUGUUAUCCAUGAUAGGCAUACUAAAACUGAGGUACCAGGAGCCCGAUCUACCCAGACCUUAUAAGGUGUUCUUGCCCUUUCCCUUGGUGACAAUGGCCAUCGGUCUGUGCUUAGUUGUGAUACCUUUGGUGAAGUCUCCACAUAUGCGUUACGUCUACGUGUGUCUCUUCAUUCUCAGUGGCCUUCUGUUCUACGUCCCCUUCAUAUACUUUAAAUUGAAGUUGGUUGGGUUUCAGAAGAUGACAUGCUACCUACAGUUGCUGUUUAAUAUUUGCAUCCCUGAUGUGUCUGAUGAACAGAUGUCAGAAGCAGAAACUGUUAAAAAAAAGUAGUCCUCUACAUCAUGCCGAAUUCCAAAUCAAGAUUAUGCACAUAAUCCAAUAUUAAUGAUGAAAUGCCUACGGUAAAUUCUUCCUUCAAAUGAGAUAAUAUGUAUAAAAAAGUGCGGAAGACAGUACCUACCUUUAAAAAUCUCAGAGAAAUUGUUUAUUGUAACUAAACUCUGUUUUGUUUGGCAAAAAGCUUAAGUCUCAGUUCUGCGUUGUUUGCUAUAUUGACAAUGUCUUUCCCAUUCUCCCAUUUUUUUUCCGGCACCCCCGCCCUACCCUACUGAUUUGUGAGCAUCUUGUAAUGAAAGUUAACAAAUAAAAAUAAAAAAAGCA